AAUAAUAUUCGUUGGUCAACAGCUGUGAACAGUAAAAGUAAUUUUGCUUCAAUUUAAGUUCACAGUUAAACAAUAUUUUUUGUAAAUUUAAUUCAUGAUUUAUCAACAACAUAAAAAACAAUUCAAUGACCUCCCAAGAUUCAACACAAGCAAUUCUAACGCAAACACGUUCUUUAUCAGAACGAAUGCGAUCUGCCUAUGAUGUGUCUCGUUCUACUUGUACCAUCGGUGUUGUGUCCGUUUCGCUGGAAACGUUGCGAUCCAACCUAUUUUCACUAAUCGAACACGCCAAGAUUAGGAUCCACAAAGCAAGUGUGAAUCAGACAACACCACUAACGGAAAAACAGGCCAAACUGCUGAACGAUGCCAUCUACUCGAUGAGUGGGAUUCUGCGUAAACUGGAACAAUUGGCCACCAUGCAUAACCGCACGAACGACCGUGCCACCGUUGUUUGUGGUGAAGACUUUCAGGAACAAAUGAACACGUUGAUGAAAAAACUCAACGCCACUUCCAUCGAGAUGUCUAAGCUGAAACGAGUCAAUGAUAACAUCAUGAACAUCUACUCGAACUAUCAGUUGGAAAAUGAAGAUGGUAGUGAUUCGGAUGUUGAUGAGGACACGGAUAGUAGCGAUGGAAAUAACACUGUAUCUUUAAGAUAGCGAGUCCCUAAUUCGGCAACAAAUAUUGUAAUUAUGCCUAACUAUAAUUAAAUUGAAAUCAAUCCACAAAAUAAAAAUGAAUCUAUAAAGCACGCUUAAAAUACAAAACAUGCAACGAAUUUUA